AACUUUCGAUUCAUUCUCGCCAGUCGCCACCGGCCACCCAUCACCGGCUCUCUUCCUUCAUCACCGAUCAUUCCCCCCAAGCUCGGAUUUUAAUUCCACUCCGGUGAGUCUCCUAUUUUCCUACCCCUAUUUGAAUGUUUUAAGGGUCUGCAAUUAUAUACUCAUUUGAAGAGCAAAGCUGAUAAUUUCUUCAUUGUUUGCUCUUUGCUUGCACAGGAAAUAUUUUUUAGAAAGGUACAAUCUUGUGGUCUUCCCCUGUGCCGCCAUGAUAGUGCAAUCUUCUAUGGCUUCAUGUACGAAGCACAUUGUCCGCCUGAGGGGGCGAACCCAACACAUGGGCUCAAAUGUCCUGGAAAUUGUUUCCAAAGGACAACCCAGUUCCUGUUCUCUGUGUUUCACUGGAAAGCGGAGUAAUCAUCAACAAUCACUGACUGUUAAGAGUUGGGUUAGUGCUAGAAGUUCUACCAGGAGAUAUUUGAAUAUCUCAUUGCCAUGCCAAAAUGUGAAUAUGGGCCUAUCAAUGUCAAGACAAGGAAUCAAGGGUAACAUGGGGACUUUGUCAUGGUCACAACAAGGGUGUGUAUCUAGUGGCUGCUUAGUAUUUGGCCUCUUCGUUUGUUGUUGCUCAAAUUCCGAGCCCACGACCCAUGCUCAAGCACCAAUGGAAGAAGGACCGUGUUUUAAAACCACCUCCAAUGGAAGGAAAGUCUAUACUGACUAUUCAAUUACUGGAAUACCUGGAGAUGGAAGAUGUUUGUUCCGGUCUGUGGCUCAUGGGGCUUGCGUACGAGCUGGAAAAUCGCCCCCGAGUGAAAGCCUUCAGAGAGAAUUAGCAGAUGACUUGCGUGAUAGAAUUGCGGAUGAAUUUAUCAAGCGAAGACAAGAGACGGAAUGGUGAGAAGUUGACAAUUUUACCUAGUUCAUGGCUGCUUGAUACUCCGACUAUUUUUCAUUGUAGAAUUAUUUGACAGAAGUCAGAAUUAAGAUUGCUCUGUUGACUUGGAUGAAGAUGUCUAUUUGCAAAUACUACAUGUUCUUGAAGUUUACUUCCUCUACCACAAAAUAUGUACGAAGUCGUUACGUUCUUCAGUUUUAAAGCUGAUUGUAUUUGCAUGUCGUAAUACUUGUUUGUUUACCUGAGGAAUCAACAGAACCUAUACAAAUAUCAUUAUCUCUGUGUUGUUGCAAGGCUCUAUUCAAACAACUUCAUCGUCUCUGUCAGGUUUGUAGAAGGCGAUUUUGACACUUAUGUGAAACAAAUAAGGAAGCCACAUGUAUGGGGAGGCGAGCCAGAACUGUUCAUGGCGUCCCAUGUUCUAAAGUAAUUCUCUAUUUUAUGCUAAAAGAUCAGAUAUCGUCUAUCUGAUGCAUGUAUGUGUAGUGAGCACCUGCAGUUGUGUCCAGGGCAUCGUGUUCAUAUGGUGUUGGAAUUGAGCUAGUGGAUGUGGAAUAUCUGGAGGUGCAAAUGAGAGAAACUGCCGAAUUUUGCAGGGUUAUCUUGCCGAAAUUCAACUCAAGCGUUGUAGAUAUAAUAAACGAGUGACUGAAACUGCGGAUUGGAUCUUGAAUGAUAUAUCAUCUAGUAAGCAAGGAGUGAGAAAGGAAGGAGCUUAUUGAUGCUUGUGAGCUAGCUCCAUGUUAACUCACAAGCUAGCUUUAUAUAGUCACAAGCUUUGUUUGAUCUUUGAGUAAUUUUUUAAUUAUUAUAAUGGUGAUCUUUGAGUAAUUUCUGAUCAAGACAAGCUGAAGAUGGAACUUGUUCAAGCUGGAGUGCUGUUGACUUAAUGUUUGCAGCCUUUAGAUUGUCGGUUGUGCUGAUUUUGUUACUGUCAUUAUGAAAUUGAUUAGAAUGAUUAAAUUUGAUGCCUUCUACUACUGACUUUGCUGGUGAAAACUGCACGCAGGAUGCCCAUCAGCGUGUAUAUGUACGAUGCGGAUGCCGGUGGACUAAUCUCGAUUGCAGAAUAUGGUCAGGAAUAUGGCAAGGACAACCCAAUUAGGGUUCUUUACCAUGGUUCUGGUCACUAUGAUGCAUUACAAAUUCCUGGAAGGAAGCAUGGUAAAUCUAGACUGUAGCUAGUGUUUUGCGAGUAAAUGCUAAAAGAAAGA